CUGAUCAGUUUCAGAGAAAAUAAGUCAAACAAAAAAUUUCUACUUCUUGUUCUUCCAAAUAUGAAAGCUAUGAUAAUCCGAACCGGGUCGGGUUCGUUCCCCGCCAGGAAUUGGACCCCUCCGAGUCCAAGCUCGCCGAGAAUUUCAGUUUCGAUGCCGGCUCGGGAAUCCGACAAGAAAAGCGGUGGUUCUUCGCCGAGCAUUUCACUGCACACGGACCUGAGUAGCCGGAACAUUCGGCGGGCGUCAUCGGAGCGGGACAUGAUGCGAUCCGCAAUGGAGGGAGUGAAGAGCACUAGCAGGAGCGAGCUCGGAUCGCGAGCUCUCGUGGCGAGGAUACCUGAGGAAGAAGACGAGAGCACUGGAUCGUUGACUGUGGUGGAGAGUCCGAGAGCGAGAGGCAGCAACGCAGGAGGUUGGCCGCAGCGCGCGAUGCCGUUGGAGGAGGUAGAGUUUCCAGGCGGCGGUAUUGGGAAGAACUGGAAUACUGGCGGCGGAGGUAGAGAUGAGUUCGGAACUGGCGGGAACGCUGAUCUGAGCAAGAUCGGUGCCUAUUACGAAGAAAUGAUCAAGUCAAACCCUUCCAAUCCUCUUCUUCUGAGAAAUUACGGCAAAUAUUUGCAUGAGGUGAAGGGAGAUUUGGGCAGAGCAGAAGAGUAUUACGGGAGGGCAAUAUUGGCAAGUCCUGGAGAUGGAGAAGUGCUGUCCUUGUAUGGAAACUUGAUUUGGGAAAACGAAAGAGAUGAGAGCAGGGCAAAAUGUUACUUUGAUCAAGCGGUUCAAGCCGCGCCUGAUGAUUGUAUGGUGUUGGGAUCAUAUGCACAUUUCAUGUGGGAAGCAGAGGAUGAAGAUGAUGAUGAUGAUAACGACGGCGAUAUAGUGGCGGCUCCGGCAGCUGCCGCCGUGGUUGAAUCGUUUUAAGUUCUUAACAGAGCCAUCAGUAAGAUACCGCUCUGGAAGAGCCAGAAUUCUAACCUUGUGUCCGGACUUGAGACCAUUGAGAUACCGCUCUGGAAGAGUUAGAAUUCUAACCUUUGCGUCCGGACCCCUGAGACCUGAGACCUGAGUCUGCUGCUAUGUUUAUUAUGAUUAGUGUUUAAUUAUAUGUCUAAGGUAACGGUGAAAGGAGGCUAUGAUGCACUAAUAAACGAGCUUAUGCUAACUUUAACGAGGGAAAAUCAUCCUGUCUUGAGGGACUGUAAAAUAUUUGGAUUCCUGAGAAACUGAUGUAAAAUAUUUGGGUUCUUGAGGGAAUGUAAAAGCUAAGCUCGUCCAUGUGAAUUAUCUGAAUUUGGGUUCGGAGUACCUUGUUUGGCCUGUAAUUCAACGAGCAUUAUAUGUGAAAAUAUCAUCAUUACCCAAUUUUGUUUUC